UUGCUCUAUAGGACAAAAGUAACCCGCUUAGGCUGCAGACUCCAGUUCUCCGUCUCGUCGCCUCCCAUUAUUAGCCUACACAAAAUCGGAAAAUAGCUCAAGUGAGCAGACAACAGUGAAUACUGUGUUGCGAAAUACACUCGCUCCAACUUUUACUGCAUCAUCUCAAGUAUAAUUUCACUGAUGGCGGUUGUAGAGCCUUCCCCCUUGUUGGAUAUUUUAGUAAGAGAACCAGAGGGUUUUGCUAUAUGGAAUGGACCACCUUUCCCAAGUGGUCAACCUGGUAUCAAGCUUGAUAGGGUUCCUUGUACCAGUGCAAAGUUCAGUGAAGAUGGGUCCAAACUCAUGGUUACAAAAUCAGACUCCAUAAUUAGCAUCUUUGAUUGCAAAACAUUGAAAGAGAUUAGGUCUUUUAAUGUCCCAAACGUUCUUGCAGCUGUCAUCUCUCCUUGUGGAACUUAUCUUCAGACCUUCCAGAAAUGUUCAUCUCCUCAGGAUAAGAACGUGGUCUUGUGGAAGAUAGAAAAUGGUGAAUAUGUUUACCAACUCUUCCAGAAAAAUAUGACAAAAGUUACAUGGCCUUCCGUACGUUUCAGUUCUGACGAAACUGUUGCAUGUCGAUUGGCAACAAAUGAGAUCCAAUUUUUUGAUCCUAGGGAUUUCUCUAAGGGAUUUGUUAAUCGGCUGCGAGUUCCUGCAAUUGCUGCAUUGGAGCUUUCUAAAGUCCCUGGAUCCUACGUGGCUGCAUUUGUUCCAGAAUCCAAGGGAAUGCCAGCCAGUGUUCAGAUAUAUGCAUGUGGAAAGGACUUACAAAGUCAAGCUGUUGCACGACGCAGCUUCUUCCGCUGCUCAACUGUGCAACUGAGCUGGAACUCUGGAUCUACAGGGCUUCUAGUGGUGGUCCAAUCAGAUGUUGAUAAAACAAACCAAAGCUACUACGGAGAAUCAAAGUUGAACUACUUGACUACUGAUGGGACCCAUGAAGGGCUUGUUCCUCUCCGUAAAGACGGCCCUAUUCAUGAUGUUCAAUGGUCCUAUUCGGGUAAAGAAUUUGCAGUUGUUUAUGGUUUUAUGUCUUCUAUGGCCACGGUGUUCGACAAGAAGUGCAAUCCUCUGCUUGAGCUUGGAACAGGCCCAUACAACACUAUCAGAUGGAAUCCGCUGGGGAACUUUAUAUGCUUGGCAGGCUUUGGUAACUUACCAGGAGACAUGGCAUUCUGGGACUACAAGGAAAAGAAGCAGCUUGGAACUACAAGGGCUGAAUUGUCAGUGACAAGUGAAUGGUCUCCUGAUGGUCGGUACUUUAUGACUGCCACAACAGCUCCACGCCUUCAAGUUGAUAAUGGGGUUAAAAUUUUUCACCACAAUGGAUCAUUGUACUUCAAGAAGAUGUUUGACAGAUUGUAUCAGGUUGAUUGGAAGCCAGAGUCAGUAGAAAAAUUUGGUGACAUUGAAGACCUUGUGAAGGCAGUUGGCUCGGUGGAAAUAGAUGAAGCUAAAGCGCCAGGGAAAGGAUCCAAAGCUACCCAGGCCGUUCCGAAGGCUACACCUGCCAAUCCUCCUGCAGCAAAACCUGCUGCUUAUCGUCCACCUCAUGCGAAGGUUGCUGCUGCGGUUCAAGCAGAGUUAUUUGGAGGAAGUUCUUCAGGGGAGCUGAGCAAGAAUGCAUUGAAAAACAAGAAAAAGCGGGAGAAACAACGGGAGAAAAAACAAACCGAGGGUGCUUCUGGAACUGGUGGUUCAUGAUCAGAUGCAACUUUACAGAAUGCUGUCUUUGACAUGCAGGUCAUGAGGGGCCUAAAGCAAGAUAAGGUUUUCAUGGACCCUCAUACAUACCGGAGAUUUAUUUGAUUUGGCCUAAUAUUUGUAGAAAAUAUAAAUCAAAUUUUGUUUCAUAUCUUCUUUUCAAAUUUAGUUUUCAGCCCAUGUGCUAGAUUUAAAAUAAAAUUGCCCUUUUCUCAAGUAAAUUUACUUGUGUUGGAUGA